AUGGUAAAUAGACAAAAUGGCUUCUUCGCUAAGUUGACAGGUCUGACGUCCAGUGUGUUCAAUUUAAACUUGGAGAACAUUCACGAUCCCGUGGAUGAAAAUUUAACUCCCCUGGAAAAAGCUGUAUUGUACGGAAAUAGCAGCAAAAAAUGCCGGAAAAUUAUUUUUGUUAAAGAAUUAGUGAAAUCUCUAAAUAGCAUAGAAUAUGAAGAUUUUAAGAAGGAUAUUUAUCCUCUGCUGGUAAAGUUGAGCAACGAUAAAGAAGAAAUACAAUAUGAGUUGUGUUGUCAGAUGGGGGAUCUGUGUGCGUAUUUGUUGCAGAGUAACAAUGGGCCAGACGGGUGUGAAGAUAUCAUAAAAUUCCUGUUCCCUAUCAUCGAGCGGAUCAUCAGGAAUUCGCAAGGCGCAAGUAUCGGCGGGAGUGCUGAUGGUGGAGACGUGGUUGCCAAUGCGAUGAAGGCGCUCCUCAUCCUAGCCACGCACAUCAAGGCCAAGUACCGAAAAAGCAUAAUUUUCCCCUUCAUACUGUCUCUACUUUCCAGUGAGAAAUUCAAGAACCUGGGAUUCGUUCUCCUGAUUAAAAUAUCUUAUAUAUUUGAGAAAGAAAUAGUGUCCAGGCAUUUGUUUCUAUGUAUAGAAACCUUCGUUCGAGAAAAAGACGAAGAAAGCAAACUGUUCCUCUCCUGUUACCUGCAUAAUAUAUGCAAAAUUGCCAACGAAGAAGAAUUGUUAGUUAUAUUUUUCAUACUUAAAUCGUUAUGUAAUGAUCCUAAUGACACCAUUAAAAUAAUUAGCAUGUACAACUGUGUGCAUUUAUCAUGUCUUUUUUCAAAGAGCCACUUUUUUCACUUUUUCGUUCCUCUUUUUAAUGAUUUUCUGAAGAAUACAAAUUUGUAUGUAUUUUACUAUGCCUUGAUAAAUAUGCUUUUUUUUGUUUGCCUUUUCGAAGACCUGGAUCUUAUUCACCCUUUUUACAUUCGAAAGAUGAUAUUCUUUUUCAAUAAUGUUUUUUCUUCCCACUUGUUUACGUUGAAUUACCUGAACGACACAGCCAAGCGGCAGAGCAGCUACGCCUUGGGGGGCGACCCCAGGGGGGGCGUAGCGCCGUCCCCGGUGGGAGAAGCACAAAAAACGGAAGAACCGCCCAAAACAGAGGAACAACACGAAGCAGAGAAAUCACGUGGAGUGACCCAAGCAGACAUUUUGAGCAACAAAAAGGUGCAUGUCCCAACUGGCAUUAAUAGCGACUCCAGCAAAAUGCCACAUGAUCAGUCUAGUCAAGAAAACGUGGAGAUAAGCGACGCAUCCGACGGCAACCAUGAGGAGAAGCGAGAAGUACAGGAAGAGACACCACUCACCAUGAAUUGUGUACGCGUAAGUCAAAACGUUAUUAAUCAGCCAAUCAAUAUGGAUGAACCGAAGGAUGAGGCAGAAGCCCAACAAAUGGGGGGAGGGAGAUAUUAUUCAAAGCCGAACAAUAAUGUGAAGGAAGAGUAUUCUGAUGGCAGUGUAGAGGCUAACACAUUGGAAAAUGUUAAUGGAGGAGAAAAUGGAAUAACAACUCAGCAUAGCGGAUUAUCCCUUUUUCCCUCGUCAUCCUCCUUGUUGGAAUCAUCGAAUGGGACAUCACUCCUUCCGUCUCUGCUACCAUCUCCAUCCACAUCGUCGCUCAUCACCCCAGGAGCAACGUCCAUUUUUGUGAACAAUGGCUUCAUUAACGACCUCAUAAUUAGGAACAAUCAUUUUGCGGUAAGCGUGCGCCAGUUUUUUCAAAUACACGGUGAAGAAGCGAAAGGAGGGGGAGAAGAAACUAAAGAGAAGGUACCUGUACACGAGCAGGAGUACACUCACAAGGGAGAAUCUCAAAGUGGAGAUGAUAUCACCAACAAUAAGAGUGUACUUUUAGGAGAAGAAGAAAAAAAGGGGAAGGAUCCCACAUAUGAGGGGAACUAUAAUGAUGAAUUUUAUAACCUCACCGAUAAUGACAUCACCUGUAUAGACAGAAUAUAUAAUCACGAUAAGACGAUAGACAUAAAACAAAUCAAAGGAUGGUACUACAGUGACGUGGAUAUAAUAAAGGGGAAUAUGGCAUACGGGACGAUAUUUCUUCACAAAGAAGGGAAAAUGGAUACCUCUACAGAGAGACGACCACGUAAAAUCCACUUAAACCAGAAGGAAGAUGAUAUUUAUAACGUGGAAACGGUUAAUGUAGAGGCCAUCAAGAAGAAGUUUUUAUUUGAUACCCCAAAUAAUAUUAUCGUGUCUCACAACAUAAACGCAGUGUACAUCACAGCUCUACACAUGCCCACCCUCAUCCUAGUGCUUAAGCAACAUUUUUUUAGAUUUUUCUCUCACGUUUUCUUUUUUGUAUGUACCUAUCCUUAUUACAUCAUUAGGAAAACCAUGGCAUCUUUGCUUUAUCAAAUUUUAGUAAACUUUCUGGACCCUCCGAACUUUUUAGAAGUGACUACAGAUGAGUUAAAUCAGGAAGAAGACAUGAUGAUCGAAUUUAUGAAAAGCGGAAAGAAUAGAAUUUUGAAUAGGAAGAGUAACUUUUUUUCUUAUCCUCAUUUGCACAAAACUGAUUUUGAAAAAGAUCGAGGUGGUAAAAAUUACUCCACUAGAGAAGAAUUCCCCCAGGUGAUGCAGACAUUCAAAAUGGACUACGCCACCUACUGUAAUAUGAAACGCAUACAGAGCAUGCAAUCUGUAACGAGUGAUGAAAAGAUAAGUAACAUGGACAACAGUAGUUCUUCAGGACAUGAAGUGGGUGAAAGUACGCCACCCACGUCAAACGGACUUACAGAGAAACAACAAGGGGGAGAUAAUUUUUCAGACUAUGGAUAUUUACAGGAGGGUCCCCACGACCAGGCCGCUAACCAAGUGGAUGAAGAUGUGAGAACCAAAAUGGAUAAAGAAUCGGAAGAAGGUGUGCAGGAUAAAAACAACGCUAUCAAACGAGUGCAGAGCGAAAUUAAUGCAAAUUUACAGGAAGGUGAUUUUUUUAAAAAUGAAGAAAACGAAAAUUUUUUUUUUUACAAAAAAUUUCUACAAAAAUAUGAAAGUGUAUAUGAGAGAUACAUUCAGAGGUUUAGAAAAUACUACAGUGAAGAUUCUUCCCUUUUUUUUUUUCAUUUUUUCAUUUUUUACUUUUUGAGGGAUUCAAACGUGCUUGUUAAGAAGGCCAUCCUUAAGAGGUACGAUAAAAUGGUUUUGCUAUUCCCGAGAAUGGUGCAGAAAGUUCUCAUGUCAUACUUGUCUCAUGUAUUGGAUUGCAAGACACUGGAUUAUUCCCUGCGCAAGCGAGUUUCCAAGGUGGUCUUCCGUAUUUUGUCCUGUGAGGAGGAUGCGGAAGUCGUCCGAAGGUUCCUCUUCCCCCUAUUCCUAAGACUCUGCAAAGAUGACGUGGCCAUCAUUCGCACCUACACGGCUAGUUACUUUUACCUAUUCCUGGAAAAGGGGUGCCCCCAGAUAUAUAACUUUUUCAAAGGGGGUGGUGAAAUAUUACCCAUAGAAGAGUAUAAGAAAGACAGGAUAUUGACCAAUGGAGAGAAGUACAAACUGAGGAGUCGGUACUUCACGGGGGGAGCCGAAAUUGCCCUCAUCAAAACAGUUUUAGUAAUGUUCGCAAGGAGUUGUCGUUUCUUCGACCGACAGAUCUUCAUAAAGAUGUGCGACGGGAUAAUCAAUGAAUGCCCGGCGAACCUCUUCCUCCUGUACUUCCUCAAACCAUUUGCAAAUUUAUCCGUCGACAAAGUUCAGGUUGUUAGAACGACAUGGGAUAAGUGUGUAAUUUCGCAGCUCAAGAAAAAGGGACACUUUCUGAAUACGAUAAAUAUUUGGGGCAUACAAAAAGAAAUGCAUACACAGCAGGGAACGACGAUAGUAGAUAAAGAGAAUUCUCCAACACCAAACAAAGGGCAUAGCGAUAAUGUGAUAGAUAAAACCUUUGAUAUUCAAGACUUGAAUGAUUAA